GCCGGACCCCGCCGGUCAGUGUCAUGUGACUCCUGCCCCUGACCACGAGCCUGGGCCGAGACGCCUAGGAGAGGGUCAGGUCUCUGAGGAGAAUCUGCAGGUGUCCCGGUCCCGGAGGAUCCCCAGGAAGUUGUGUUCCCGGCUACUGUUGGGGGGUCUCCUGUGACAAGCUCGUUUGUGCCGUGUGCCAUGGUGGUGCUGUGGGCCCUGGUUCUGGCCGUGGCUGCAGGUCUGGCCGCUGCCUACCCACCUAACAUCGUGCUGAUCUUUGCUGAUGACCUGGGCUAUGGGGACCUGGGCUCCUACGGCCACCCCAGUUCCACCACCCCUAACCUGGACCAGCUGGCCUCAGCAGGGCUGCGGUUCACCGACUUCUACGUGCCAGUGUCUCUGUGCACGCCCUCCCGGGCAGCCCUCCUGACCGGCCGACUCCCAGUUCGGACAGGCAUGUACCCUGGAGUUCUGGAGCCUGGUUCCCGAGGGGGCCUGCCCCUGGAGGAGGUGACCCUGGCUGAGAUCCUGGCUGCCCAAGGCUACCUCACAGGGAUGGCUGGCAAGUGGCAUCUUGGGGUGGGGCCUCAAGGGGCCUUUCUGCCCCCCCAUCAUGGCUUCCAUCGAUUCCUGGGCAUCCCAUACUCCCAUGACCAGGGCCCUUGCCAGAACCUGACGUGCUUCCCGCCAGCCACCCCCUGCAAUGGAAUCUGUGACCAGGGCCUGGUGGCCAUCCCACUGCUGGCUAACCUGUCUGUGGAGGCGCAGCCGCCCUGGCUGCCUGGACUCGAGGCCCGCUACGUGGCUUUCUCGCAUGAACUCAUGAUUGAUGCCCAGCGCCAGGGCCGCCCGUUCUUCCUGUACUAUGCCUCCCACCACACCCACUACCCUCAGUUCAGCGGACAGAGCUUCGUUGGGCGCUCAGGCCGAGGGCCGUUCGGAGACUCCCUGAUGGAGCUGGACGCGGCUGUGGGGGCCCUGAUGACGGCUGUGGGGGACCUGGGGCUGCUUGGAGAGACCCUGGUCAUCUUCACAGCAGACAACGGGCCAGAAACGAUGCGGAUGUCCCACGGUGGCUGUUCUGGUGUCCUGCGAUGUGGAAAGGGAACCACCUUCGACGGGGGCGUCCGAGUGCCUGCCGUGGCCUUCUGGCCAGGCCACAUCACUCCUGGUGUGACCCAUGAUCUGGUCAGCUCCCUGGACCUACUGCCCACACUGGCAGCCCUGUCUGGGGCCCCGCUGCCCAACGUCACCUUGGAUGGCAUUGACUUCAGCCCCCUGCUGCUGGGCACAGGCAAGAGUCUCCGGCAGAAUAUGUACUUCUACCCAACGUACCCCGAUGAGAUCCGAGGGGUCUUUGCUGUGCGGAGCGGAAAGUACAAGGCCCACUUCUUCACCCAGGGCUCCGCCCACAGUGACAACACACCAGACCCUGCCUGCCACUCCUCCAGUCCUCUGACUGCCCAUGAGCCCCCAAUGCUUUUCGACCUCUCUGAGGACCCUGGUGAGAACUACAACCUUCUGGGGAAUGGGGCUGAGGUCGACCAGGAGGCUCUGGAGGCGAUGAAGGAGCUUCAGCUGCUCAAGGCCCAGUUUGAUGCUAGCAUGACCUUCAGCCCCAGCCAGAUGGCCCUCGGGGAGGACGCUGCCCUGCAGUUGUGCUGCCAGCCCAGCUGCAUCCCCUGGCCAACCUGCUGCCACUGCCCAGGGAUCCCACCCUGAGGGCCCCGGCCCCCGCCCUCCUGUGUCGGAGGCUCAGGCAAGGACACGGUUGUACCUGAUAACCCAAUAACA